CCACCCAUAAUAAGGUACACUCGGCAGUCUACAAUGAACAGCGGAGUCGAGAGUACUCGUCGGACUGUCACUUUCUUGGACCAUGGUGGGGCACUCUACAUCAAUGGCUAUACCCCAGGACGAGAGCACUACCCUGCCCCACCCUCACGUUCUCCCUCACCCUCAACCAUCUCCAAGGAAUGUGGUAGUAGGUGUGAGGAUCUGAUUCGUUCUCCCAAUUACUUGUCACCUGGUGAUCCAUUGCUCUCCCACAAGCCUGCAAGGAAUAACAAGCCUCACGUCCAAUUCAUCACACGGAACAAUGAAGCAGAGAUGGAGAAAACAGAGGUCACGAAUGAUACACUCCAGGCCACAUCUCCAAACUCUGAAAACCCUAACGUCAGCCUUUCAUGUGAUCAAAUGCCCACCUCUAUCACUAUAUCCAGAGAGGUUCCAUCACUUCCCUGCAUCUCCACAUCCAGAGGACCAGAAGCCACACCUCUCAUUGAGCCAGUCUCACUGGAAGAGGUUAACAGGUAUUAAAUGUUAAAGUUAAAAAUCCAGUGGUUUGGAAAAUAAUUCAACCAACUUGCAUUUUGAAGAUCAGCAGGUAUGCUACCUACACACACACACAAAAAAAAAAAAAAUCUAA